UCAGAGGAACUUGUGAAAUGACACAGCUGUACUGUAAAAACGCCAUCCCACAGACUUUGCUGCCAGAGGAACUCAACAGCCAGCACUGACGGACCCGAGAGCAGGACUGCCCAAGCCAUGGAGCGAGAGCCGAUGCGCAUAAGGGAGGGCUACUUGGUUAAGAAGGGCAGCAUGUUUAAUACCUGGAAGCCAAUGUGGGUUGUGCUCUUAGAAGACGGAAUUGAAUUCUACAAGCGGAAGGCUGACAACAGUCCCAAAGGGAUGAUCCCACUAAAAGGAAGCUCUAUUCACAGCCCAUGCCAAGAUUUUGGCAAAAGAAUGUUUGUCUUCAAGCUCACUGUGGCCAAGCAGCAGGACCACUUUUUUCAAGCUGCCUACCUGGAGGAGAGAGACGCCUGGGUGCGGGAUAUCAAGAAAGCAAUUCAUCGCAUAGAUGGAGGCCAAAGGUUUGCCAGAAAAUCCACAAGAAAAUCUAUCAGAUUGCCUGAAACAAUCAAUCUGAGUGCUUUGUACCUCUCAAUGAAAGAUCCUGAAAAUGGAAUAAAGGAGUUGAAGCUGGAAAAAGAUAAAAGAGUGUUCAAUCACUGCUUUACAGGCACCUGUGUGAUUGACUGGCUGGUGUCCAGCAGCUCCAUCCGAAAUCGCAAAGAAGGUCUCCUGCUUGCCUCUUCCCUCUUGAGCGAAGGCUACCUACAGCCUGCUGGGGAUACAUCCAAGGCAGCUGCUGAGGGACUGUCAGACACCCCCUUCCUAGAUCUCAGUGAUGCCUACUACUACUUUCCAGACAGUGGAUUUUUCUGUGAGGGAUAUUCCAGUGAUGAUGAUGUGGUCCUAAAAGAAGAAUUCAGAGGCACAAUUGUCAAACAAGGAUGUUUGCUGAAACAGGGACAUCGGAGGAAGAACUGGAAAGUGAGGAAGUUUGUUUUAAGAGAUGAUCCUGCAUAUCUUCACUAUUAUGAUCCUGCUGGAGGAGAAGAACCACUGGGAGCAAUUCACUUGAGAGGCUGUGUGGUGACAGCAGUGGAAGAUAUGCCAGACACCAAGAAGUAUGAUGCUGAGAACAUCCUCUUUGAAAUCAUCACAGCAAAUGAAAUCCACUAUUACUUGCAAGCAGCCUCAUCCACAGAGCGUACAGAGUGGAUCAAAGCAAUCCAGUCAGUUGCUAGGACUGGUAAAUGAAGAUGAUCUUCCAACAACAAGACAGAUAAAUUAAAUUAGUUACUCAAAACAGAAUUUAGCAUUUCACCAAGAGAAAGCAGUAUCAUCCCAAAGGGCACAAGUCCUUUGGGGUUGAAGACUGGGUAGAAGUUUCAAUUCUACAGUUGGCACUAACAAACUAACAUUUUUUCACUUGUGUUAUGGUAAUAUUUUACUAAAUUAUCACAUAGAACAUGCCAUAUUAGUGUGUGUUGCUUAAUCAGUCUGCCUUGAGAAGGCUGUACCUGUUGCCAGAGCUGAUAGUGGGAAUCUCACCAUUAACAGGGGACAGAGUCAUGUCACUGACAGAGAGGACCCAAAUUAAUCACCCUCUUCAGCCUGUGAUGUGUUUCAGGAUUUUCAUGUAUUUCAGUCUUCUCCAGACAAUUUUUACACUUUCUUCUUUACCAGAUCAGGUUGCUGCUUGUUCACUGGUAUAAAUAAUGACAUAGAUAUAAGGAAAAGAAGUAAUUUGGAAACCUGAUCCACUCCUUUAUAAUCUGUCAACAUUAAGAGGGGGAAGAAUGCAGACAACUAUGGAAACACCAUGUGGAACCGAGUGUGACUCCAAGACAGCAGUAUGAGGAAAAGUCUCUCCCCACAGUAUUUCAAACACAAAGCAAUCUCACUUCAAACUCCCUAUCACCCAAUUUUAAGCCUUGGCAAAUUUUUCCACAAGAAUCUGCCCUGGGACCAUUGUUUCCCUUUAUUUAUGUGUACAAAGCAGAUGCUGGAUUGUCAUGUACUAUUUGAAUUAAGAAUCUUGCAGGAGAAGGGAAAGGAGGCAAGGGUUGGUUACUUGAAGUGGUUUCAAUUAGAUUUUACUUUUUUAACCUCCAGGAACAUACUGAGUCCUUGAUUCUGGGCCUUAGUAAUAUAAAAGAAAUCUUGUGCUUAUAACUGAAAUAAAAGUUUUUAUUUUAUAGGGUCAGUUCACCUGAUUAAUCCUUGUAUUUUUGUCUGACUGUAUGUCAAACAAACUUCUAAGUCUUAAACUCUAAGGAGGAGUUGAAAAUCAAGUUAAUGUCAGAUUGUGCAUGUAGGCUGUUCCUAGUUUGAAUGAAGGAAACUUCAAAAUCUUUAAAACUCUGUUCAUAGAUCUAAUAAGAUACCUUAUCCUUAAGAAUUUUUAUUGGAAUCUCUUCCAUCUAAGAAUAAAUGUGGAGCUAAAGCUUCUCUUCAGUUGUGCUUAAUUAUACCUGUAACUGAGCUAAUGAGCCUGAAGCCCUGUUGCCUUGCAUAACUUAUCCCAAAGAAAACACAGCCUUGCAGGAGAAGCAGGCUGAGACACUGCAUCAUCAUGUCCACUUAAGCUGGCCAGCAGAAAUCAGCUUCUGGCAGGCAUUUCCUGUCUCUCAUGCAAGCUAACGAGAUCAUUGAAGUCUGAUAUGUCAUUCUGAGGAAGGAAGACUUAUGGUAAAAAGAUCCACUGUUUGCUCAGUCUGCUUUCUUGAUAAUUGCUGCUUCUUGUUGCUUAUUUUUACUUUCAGAGCUCACUAACCCAAAAAUACCCAAGGGCACAGGAAGAGAAAAAGAACACCCCACACAACCAAACAAUAGAAACUUGUCCAGCUGACAAAAAAAGAGGGAUGUGACUGCCACAAUUUAAUAAAACUAAAAUGUUUUACCAGUCUAUGACCUUACCAUUUAAACUUGUGCCCAGUCCAAGGUACAGCUGUCCUCUUAUGAAUGGGGUUUUCUCAGGCAGAGGAUGAUAGUGUAUUUAUGGAAGAGCUCUUAUGUUGGUACCAUCCUAUAUUAACAGGGUCUGUGACCCCAUACAUAGUGCUUCAGAAGACACAUUUCAAGGAUUUGUAGGUGCCUCUGCUUCUUGGCAGCAGUGAGAAGACCUUAUUCAAGGGAAUUCAGUAUUAGAAAGCAAAUACAUGGCUAUCAGAGAUGAUGAGGCCAGCCCAGCAACUCAGAAGGAAUGGAAGAGGCACAGAUCCUGAAUACUGGCACAAAGAAGAAAGAGACAGCUCUGUGCAAGGAACAACUAAACAAAAGGGAGAAAACAGAAGAGCAGAACUACAUGUGUCAUUCUUCCUCUAACUUUCACCCUCUAUUUAAAUCACACUCCUACUACACCCUCAGCAAUUACUAUGUUAACAUCAGUUUCUUUUUUACUUAUGAAAAAGAACUAGUCUAAAGGACAGCAAAAUAAACAAACCAUUAUGGAUAAGGAUUGUAUUUAUUAUCUUCAGCUACUGAAAGACUUGUAUAAUAUAAUCUCAUAUAAAUAUCCUCCUAAGUUCAUUUUUGUCUUGCCAGAACUUGCACUGAGCAAUUUUCCCUCCCCUGGAACACUGCCUACGUGCUUACUACAGUCAAGGUCAGAUUUUUGGGAAUGUUGACUAACCACACACCCAUAAAAACACCAACACAGAUACAACGCUCCUACUUCCACUUUAAAAUAAAGUUUAAAAGAAAAUGGUAUGAAGAAAACCACAAACACAGAUGAUGAAAAUAUAAUAACCCCAGCCCAACAAGCUUUCAGCUACAGGUGUUAGUACUUCUUAUAAUCCAACAGACAGCACAUAUGGAGGUAGUUUGGACUUAAUACGUCUCUAGCAAUUUUUUCGAAGAGCUGCUUACUUUCCCAGCCCCACAGCUUUCUUCUGAAGGGUAAAGUGAUAUAAUUUUGUUGAUAAGUACAGCUAUUUUGGUGCUCUUCUUUGCAGUGUGCUGUCUUUGCUUUUUGUUUGAAAGAAUAGUUAAAGUGUGAAAGGUCUGCUGAAAAUGUGUUUUAGUAAUAGAACAGUUUACUUAGUAAUAUUUAAUCAAAGUUUGUUCAUAAAGAUGAAAAAACUCAUUAAGGCUUCUGAUGUAUCUCACAUUUACUGUCAAUCCUCUCUUUUAGAAAAGUUUUUGUUUUAAUUUCUUCUCGCAGUAUUGUAUAUAACUCUUCAAUGCAGUAGUACCUCUUCUGUCUUUGGCUUAGAGUUCACUUUACUGCAAAUGUUAAACAGCUAUUUCCCCACCCCCUAAUUUGUUCUCCAAUAUUUGAGAAGUUAUUUGAAGUUUAAACUACUUGCUCCACAGAGCUCUUGAUUAGUGCUUUUCACUGUUUGAACUGUUCCUCUGUUUGUUCUGAGUUCAAGCUUGGGCAACACUGAAAUCCAGAAAAAAUUUCCUUAAAUAAUCGUUUUGGUGGGGGCCAGAAACAUUUAAGUAGGGUGGGAGUUUUUGUGGGAGGGUAGUGGGGUGGGAAUGGUUUGGGUUUUUUGGUUGUUCUUUUUCAGUUUGUACCUUUUAAAACUGGAGGAGACUAUAUAGGAGGAACUUGAAAAAGCAAAAUGAGUAGAUAUGAGUCCUCUGCAGGCUGUUGGUAUUUCUGUGGGUGCCUUCAGUUUGUGUUUUGAAAAGUGCACAUAUUUUUUUGCUUGUGAACUGUGAUAUUCUUGUUGAUAUAUAAAGAUUUUUUCUGUGCUCAAGGUGAACUCUGAAAACAGGGGGUUCUCCUUUAGUUGUUACUCAACAGACUUCUUGAAAUAGAACUUCUUAUUUGGUUUCAAAAUAAGUUUGGGGGGGGUGUUGAUUAGAACAUAGAACUUCCUGCUUUGCAUUUAGAACAAAAACUGUGGUUUUCCAUACUUUGUUUCUGGUUCUUGUAGAUUGCUUAAUUUUUUUUUUUCCUUCCAGUGUGGUAAAAGGGUGACUAAGUCAGUAUGAAAGCUGAGUAAAAUGCUGCUUUUCAUGCUUUAUUGGCCUUUCAUGUUAAAUGUAAUGGUAACCAUUAACCAGUUAAUUAUUGAAUUAAUAAUUAAGUAUUGAAUAUGAAUAAACUGGAAUGAUCAAGGGAGAGGAAAGAGAGCUGGAGCUUGACUAGUUUAAUUAAAAAAUCCAAAACAACUAGACACCCUAAUCUUCCUACAUCCUCAAACUCUGAUAUGAAAAGGACAUUGAGAACUCUCUUCUUAGAGGAUUGCUAUUAGCCCCUCUCUCUUUAUCAAAUAUACUAGAACAGCCUAUUACAGACUAAUAGACCAUCAAUUAUGCAAAUCAGUGUAUUAUCAAUCUUUUCAUGUACCUGCUUCCAUAUCAUAAGGAAAAGUCUGAAAAUCCUUUCUUAAUCACCAAAGUAUAUCAAAAGAAAAUCAAGAAACCAUCUCUUUUUGUCCUCCAUUGCUUCUACUGUAUGUGUAUGUAGGUAUCCUGCUUUUGAAAGCUUAAGUUGCUGUUUCCAAAGUACACAAUGGUUAAAGCACAGUAACACAAUCAAUGCACACGUGUGAGGUAUUUUUGAACAAUAGGAAGAGUUAUUUAGAUCAGGCUUUUAACUCUCUUAUGUAGUUUUUUGCUAAAAGGAAGUAUUUCAUGAUUCUGGUAUACAACUGGUAAAAUAAGAUUGGUUUGUUGAUUUGGGUUUCUCUUAAUUAAUAUUUUUACUUAAAGGAAUGUUUUCUUUCCCAAGUUACAUUUUCAAUUUUACCUUGCUUCUCUUCAGCUUUCUCUCACAUCCUUCUUCUUAUAAGUAUUUUGACCUAAACAUCCUAAAAGACACUUGUGUUUCUGCUUUUAGGCAUCACAGAAUCUUGGAUGAGAAAACAUUAAAUGCCUAGUGUCAUUUUAGAAUUGCUGCAACAUACCAUGUGUUCUUUAAUCACCCCCUUAAAACAGCAAUAACUUCCUCUCAUCUCCUCACACUUGCAAGCUGUCCACAAAUAUGUAGUUGCUCUAUGAGUUUUGGGUCCCUGUUUGAGCAGGUCCCUAUUGUUGUUAUCUCUAAGUACACAUGUUGAUGAGCUACAUGUUCAAAUUACUUUAAAGAGCAGUAUAACUUAGUGAAACUGUCUACAGACCAGUGAUGUUCAAAAAUAAAUGUGCAUUAGAAAAGCCAAUUUAAUUUAAUCAGCCACACUAAGUGACUUUAGGCAUGUUUUUGUCAUUGGCUAUGCUGUUAAACAGCCAUACAGUGUACCUGGUGAAACCUAGGUGUUAGGGUAACCCAGAUAUAUUUGUUCAGUGCUCUUGUUCUUUAGCAAGGGAAUGGAAAAGUAGUGGAAACUAUUGAAAAUAUUUCUUCAAUGGAACAGACAACUAAAGCUCUUAUGGGGUAUUGUAAUAUUUCAUUUAUUAGUUGCUAGAUACUGUUGCAAAAAAACCCAAACUUUAUCUUCCUCAACUUUUCCUUUUUCCUGUAUAAGGAUUAAAGGCUUAAGGUGGCUGGUUUGUUUGAUUGAUUCUCUCUGUUCCCAGUUUGCUCAACCUACACCUUUAGUUCAAGUCUUCAGACUGAAUUUUCCAACAGGCAGCUGGCAGCAUCUUUUGGCUUUGGCAUUCUGAGACCACGGAAAUGUUUAAAAGCAAUAUUUAGUGCUAUGACUGAUAUAUUAGCUCAUGGCCACUGAUGUCCUGUGGCACCUGGAGAAGCUUUGUGUACAGCUCAAAGGGUCUGGGACCUCAGCAACAAAACCACCCAUGCAGUCAGCAACCCUGGACUGGCAAACAGCAGUGCUUUUGCCUCUUAAGGUUUUCAAGGACUGUCCAUUAAAACCAAAAUGUGCAGUUUAAACAAUAUUUUUAAACAUGAGUCAAAAAACAGCUAAUGUUGUACCUAAUUUGCAUGCUCUAGCUGGCUGGGUUUUAUUCCCCUCUGGCUUUGUAAACCCAUAGUUGC